AGAAAAAGAACCGGCAACCGGAGCCGACACGACGCUUGUGCCCAGGUACAAGCGGCAACAGGUUGUACUUUGCUGUUGUUGCCUCUGCAUUUAUUGUAGUCGAACCAGUAAAACGUAAUCUUAUCGGGCCUGAAGACAUAACGUAAUAGGAAGCGACGCUCAACGCUCGACGCUCGACGGAUCUUGGAGCUUGGUGGCCAAGCCACUUGGUAAACAUGCGACAGCCCGAGCAGCAGCUGAACCGUGAGCUGGAGCCAGAUGACAGCUACGACUCCUGCCUGACCGAAGAUGUUCAGCUGUUCGGGCAACUGGAUGACCUGGAUGCCAGCCGCGAGCUGCUGCUGCCCUCUGCAGCCGAGCUGGACCUGCUGCAGCUGGUUAGUGGAACUAACGAUGCUGCAGUGCAACCGGCUCUCACACACGGCGACUCUUUGCAGCCGCCGCCACAGCCGAUUAAGCCAAAGUCGAAGCGCGCCACGCCCACCAAGCGACAAGCGAACAACAUUUGUGAUCUGUGCGGGCGCAGCUUCAGCGAUGCGUACGGCCUACGCAUCCACCGGAUGACGCACACGGACGAGCGGCCGCACGUGUGUGAGGUGUGCGGCAAGGGCUUCCGGCAGCUGAACAAGCUGCGCAUCCAUUCCGUCACGCACACGGACAAGCGGCCGUACGAGUGCGAUAUUUGCGGCAAGGGAUUUCGCUUCGCCAACUAUUUGGCAGUGCACCGGCGACUGCACACGGGCGAAAAGCCCUACGGCUGCAGCGAGCCCAGCUGCGGCAUGUCCUUUCACUCCAUACAUGCCCGACGCAUGCACAUGAAGCUGCACCAUGCCAGCGGCAAGACUCUGGAGACAGAUAAUCAGAACGAGCACAAUGAUCAAGUUGAUUCGACAGCAUCGCUUAGCUUCACCUGCCCCAUUUGCGCACGCGUCCUAACGGACCAAUGCUAUUUGAAUACGCACUUGAAGCGCCACUACAACCAGCGCGAUUUCGCCUGCCUGCAUCCGGGCUGUGGCAAGCGCUUCUUUAGCUCCUCGGAGCUAAACCAUCACCAGAUUGCGCACACGCGGCUGCGUCCAUUUCGAUGCUCGCUGUGCGGCUCGUGCUUUCUGCGCAAAUCGAAUUACAAGCAACAUUUGAAGAUUCACUGCGAUUGAAUAUGUUUUAAAAUA